AUGACCGACACUUCUUCGAGGCACUCCGCCUCACGUCAAGGCGUCAACCUUGGCUUGCCAGUGCACAGCACUCCUGCAUCUGAUGGCGCCUUGACCUCUACGUCUUCGCCCGCCUCAGCAAAGGAAGCGCGCCAGAAAAGAGGUAUCCGCGUUCGUGUCAACUCGUUGGGCGCCGCCAUCAUGUUUAAAAACGCUGCUGCUGCUGCUGCUGCUGCUCCGACUUCAACUUCGACAGUCUCGCCACAGCAAUCGCAUGCACCAUCCAAGACAAAAGGAAGGAAUCGAUCUGCUACGGUGACCAAUCCUGAAACGUUCGCCUCGUCCUCUCCGUCUCACUCUGCGCAGCCACUUCCUGUCUCAACUAAUGGUCAGGAUCCCGCAUCUUCUGGUUCCCCGCCGCUGCCUCCUUCUCGCCAUCCUCUGCUAACCGCAAAAAGCAACUCGCAUCGUCUCUCUGUCUUUCCCUCGGCAGCCACCAAAGACUCGGAUUUGUCGGCCGCGCCUGGCCAAACUAAUGGCUUCAACCGUCGCAAGUUCUUUGGCAGGAGCAACAGCAUUCGAAGCCUACUAGGUGGCAGCGCAGGCAACACUACAAACAACAACGCCAUGAGUGCAAGCUCGUCCAACUUGAGCUCAGCAAACUCUGGUACGUCCACAGCAGGUCCUGCUGACGCUCCUCACUCGCUCGGACUGUUGCGACGUAUGGGCAGCAAGAGCUUCCUGAACCUUAAUCAGUCCAAAGCUGCAGCUGCCAACAAUGCUUCUUCCGAUGACCUCUCCUCCACUGCAUCCGCAGACUCGCAUGCGUCCAAGCGAUUUACCGAUUCGCUCAAAGGGAUGCGUCCAAGGCGCGGAAACUCGGUUUCCAAGGAUUCCACCAAGUCACGAUCCGUUUCUUCACGCUCCAGCACCGAGGCCUACUCUGCUCGCGUCAUGCACAACGAAGCCAAGAAGAGCGUCGAGAGCGCACGCUCAAGCCGCUCUGUCGCCUCACCCGAGCCGCACCAACUACGUUCGUCGGAAGCAGACUCCUCGGAUUAUUCUGGCCAAUCCGCCCACGAUGCUGAAGCACUCACUAGCGCACCCAAGCGUCUCACUGGCUGGCUUUACAACAUAGUCGGCAGUGACAAUACCCCAUCAUCAAUCGAAGCAGGUCCACCUCUCUCCCCCGUCCGAGAAGCCGAUGCCCUUGACUUUGCACCCUCUAGCCCCACACCUCAUCGUCAAGAUGCUCGCGCUAUAACCUCUAGCUCACCAACGCAGACGCCAGCGACUUCCCCUCACGCGGAUGCUGGCCGAUCUGCCUCACCUUUGGGCAAUCUUCCCACACGCUCCAAAGCUGGCGCUCUCUUCCAAUCUCUGGCUAAUGCAAGCUCGAACAAGGCCGCCAGGAUGACCAGCGCGAACACUGGUGAUAACAACACUUCCGCCCCUGCGCCGAGUAGCAACGGAAGUGCCGCCCCCUCCAACACCGGCGCUUCCUCGUCGAGUGCCGCAAGCAACAACACUGUGGGUGGCGCAAACGGCGGCAGCUGGAUUCCUGGUGGUGCUGGCUUUGAUCGCGCUUUCAAAUUCUUCAUGGACACUGAUGCAAGCAACAAGGAUGACGAGGAGAUUUGGCUGCUCGGCGUUUGCCACGGCCCGAAACGAUCCAACGACAAGAUCGCUGCUUCCGAAGCAUCCGCCCUAACUUCAAACUGCAAUGGUGCCGAGGCGGCCAAAAAGAACUCGGAAGCUGCGGAAGCCGAUGCUGGACGAGUGUCCCCACUUUCGUCAGGUCCAUCCGCUUCCUCUCCGCGUCGAAGUCCGCUCGACCCGAUACAUACCUCUCUGGCAUCUCCGUCGCCCUCCUACGACCGCGCACCCACCCCAGCCAACAGGAACGAAAGUCGUGUGGGUAGCUCCAUCUCCACCGUCGCGACGGCCUCAACCUCCGACAGCCUGCGCUCCAGAUCAUCGGCUACCAGCUUUAAUGGCGCAUCACACCCUUCGGUGUCGAGCCCGUCCAAUCAACAAUCCGCGUUCCAGCCCGAUUUUGCUUCAAGGAUUUGGUGCACCUAUCGCAACCACUUUGCGCCCAUCGCACGCGACGGCACCAUCUCGGAUCAGGCGGCCUCGGCUGCCGAAAACAUGGCCGCAGCUCAGCUGGCAGCGACACAAGACACCUCCGCGCCUUCCACACCCUUGGCUGCACCCUCGUCUACGGAGGCUCCUCGCUCAAGCAGUCCUCCCGCUUCUGCCGGCCGCGGCUGGCUCGGUCGCAAAGCCACCGAAAGCAGUUUCGCUCAGGAGGCUGCCAUGCAAGCGAGCUCUCCUCCACUGGGACUUGGCGCAGCACUGGGAGCUGGAUAUGCGAACGCCUCUUUGACGUUGGGCGACAAAAUGGGCAUCACCAACCUCUGGAGCAGAGCAACCGCAGCGGCUCAGGCUGCUGGCUUCAGCCGAGCUGGUCUCACCACCGACUCUGGAUGGGGCUGCAUGCUUCGUACGGGUCAGAGUCUACUUGCCAAUGCGCUCAUCAACGUUCAUCUCGGCCGAUCCUGGAUGCGAGAGGCGCCCCCAGUGCGGCAAAUCGAAUUCUUGCAAGAGCUUGCGGACCUCUCGCUUGAUUCCUCCGCCGAAAAGCAGACCCUGCUCGAAUGGCGACAAAAGCGAGCUCGUCAUGCGACGUACACUAAGAUCCUCAGCUGGUUCCUCGACGACCCUAGCCCCGCUUGCCCCUUUGGCGUUCAUCGCAUGGCGAGAGAGGGAAAGCGGCUUGGCAAAGAGGUGGGCGAGUGGUUUGGUCCUUCCACCGCAGCAGGAGCCAUCAAGCAGCUUGUCUGCGAGUUUGCAGACGCCGGCCUCGCCGUAGAGCUCGCGCACGAUGGCGUAUUCUACCUCGACGAGGUGCGGGCUGCAGCAGGCGCAUCUCGGCAGUGGGGCAAGGCUCGUGCUUCUACGACCGGUACGAAUGGUCGCAAGGGAGACACCACGGUCACAUGGCAGAGACCCGUCCUAAUCUUGGUCGGCAUCCGUCUUGGUCUCGAUAGUGUCAAUCCAAUCUACUAUGAAUCUGUCAAGGCCACCUUCUCGUUCCCGCACAGCGUAGGCAUCGCCGGCGGCCGACCCUCUUCUUCGUACUACUUUAUGGGUCAUCAGGGCAAUUCGCUCUUCUACCUCGAUCCGCAUAAUGUCCGCCCAGCGGUACCGCUUCGCUAUCCUCCGAGCACUUUCCCAGAGGUUGUUCCGCGUCAGCUCGACAUUGCGCACCGCUUUGCGUUUGAGGACCAAGAUGACGAGCACGAGUGGUGGUCACAUGCCUACACGGAAGCUCAAACCUCUACGUUUCACUGCGACAAAGUGCGCAGAAUGCCCAUCAAGUCACUCGACCCGAGCAUGCUGCUCGGCUUCUUGGUCAAGGGCGAAGAGGAUCUCGCCGAUUUGUGCGCUCGGAUCAAGGCCUUACCCAAGACUAUCUUCUCCUUUGCUGAUUCUGCGCCCAAGUGGGUUGACGACGAUGAUUUUGACCCAAGUAUGGAGAGCUUCUCGGAGCCUUCAGCAGGUGAGGAGUCUGAGGAGGAUGCAGAUGGGAGCAAAGAUGGUUCGGCUGAUAUUCGUGUCGAUGCUCCCUCCGGAGGUGCCCAAGGCGGAUCGUUGCAGAAAACGAGCGUGCCGCCGAAUGGUGAAACUGUUCCCGCUCCCUUUCCUUCGGAUGCGGGUGCUAGGUCAAGCGAGAAGCUGUUCAGAGAGAGCCAGCAGAGAACGGCCGCCUGGCUCGGUCAAGGCAACCAGCCCAGCAGCUCGACUAGAGCAUCCUACGCAAAUGCCUUGAGCGCAGGGGGGAUCGCGUUCCCGUCUCUCGACCUGCUGUCGCCUCAAUCGGAAGGACACCCACUGCAGAGACCGCCGCGUCUGGAUGCUCGACAGGUGUCGAACUCGUCAGCUGCAACCACGCGACCAGCGAGGCGAGCAGUCGACACCGAGCUCGCCGCGGACCAAAGAAAGGGCCGAGAUCUCACAGCGUCGCAACUCACGACUUUGGCGCGCGCAGAUCGGAGAUCAUCGUCAUCACGUAGUCCGGGCAAGUUGGGCGCAGAUGAGAGUUUUUCCACGGUGCAUCUGUCGGAUUCGGAGGUCGGGUCUGGAUGGGAAGAGGUCUCGGAUGGAGGCACAAUCGCUCCCUCUAGCUCAGCAGGCGCUGCCCUACUGCGUACUGGCUCGCCGUUGCGAUCCUCCGUGGCAGCGGAGAGCUCUGCUGGUGGUCUUGCGGAGGGUGAACGCACCACUGAGCCUCCGCAGGUGGAUCCGACUUCGCCCAUCUCGGUUGUCAGCGAAAGCGACUUGGUGAGCCUCAGCCUGGACACUCCGAUCGGCGAGGUGCCGGGAGAUGCAAAGCAGACGGCGCUGCAGGAGGCAGAAAGUUCCAGUGCCGCAGAGGCGCCUGUUGCAACUGCCUUGUCCAGUGAUACGGCUGUCACAGAGGACGGUCCCAGUUACUCCGGGCUGACAUCUGCACAUGUUCCGCUUGCCCUGCCUAGGCGGAGGUCGCAGUCCAGACCUUCACCCGUCGAGCUGCCACGGGCGGCAGAAGCUGAGGCGCCGCCAGUCCCCGACCUUCCGAUUGCGUUUCAGGGGCGAUUGAAAAGCAGCAAGAGGAGCAAGCAUCCUGAUCUAGAUGACAGCGAUGACGAUUUCUGA